CUUGCUUCUUGCCACAGUGUCCCUGUACGCAUCUCCCCUGUUACCUAUCUCCUCUCCGACAAUCAUGCAGCCAAAUCGACUAGGGCUUGGUCUUCGUCCACCCAUGCAAUCGUAUGGCCAGGGUCCCUCAAUGUCGGCUCUUGCAGCACAACAACAUAUGCAGCACCCUCCGGCGUUCGUUCCGCCUCAGCCGCAGCAGAAGCCAACGACGCUAUUCAUUGGAUCAAUAUCAGGCGGCAUAACGGAUGCUUUUCUGAACGAGUUGCUCAAGGCCUGCGGUCCUAUCAUGUCUUUCAAGCGACUUAUCACCCCCGCGAACAAGCCUCAGGGCUUCGGAUUCGCCGAGUUCCAAGACCCCGAUGGUGCGCUGAGAGCAAUGGCCCUUCUCAAUAACGUGGAGCUGCCGGCGUUGGAGGAUGGCUGUGUGAACAAAAAGCUACUAGUGAAAGCGGACGAGCGAACCAAAAUGUUCCUUGAUGCAUAUUCUGCACAAAAAAUGCGAACGGACGCGGACGACGAGGCCCAGCGCCAAGCCAAGGUAAAGGUCGACGAGCUCCUGAAAGACAUCAACAAGAAGUCGGCCGAGGCCGCCAGUAAUGGGCUUUUGGACAAGGAGAAGUACGUUAUCCCCCCGCAUCUCCACGAUCUCCAGGAAGCCGACUUGCCCGAGACCCAACGCGGCCUCGUCAUGACCGAGAUCGCGCAGUUCCGCGAGCGAGCCGCGAAGCGGGAGCGCGAGAAGAUGCGCGACGUGCGCGAGCAGUUGCCGAACAUCCUCGCUGCGGCGCCUUCGGGCCCCAAGGUUCGCGAGUGGGGCAAAUCACAGGCCCCGAACCAGCCCCCGGAGUCUCCUGGAGGUCCGAAGGGCUUCGGCAAAGGCGCACAGGGCUACAGCAAGCCUGUCGGCUUCGUCAAGGCCGAGGAUGACGGCCGGACGCCAGGCUCGGACAGGCAGUCAUCCGUACGACCGGGGAAGACAGAUGAGGAGCUCGAACAGGAGAGGAAGGAGGCACGGAGGCGAGAUGAGGAGAACUCGUACAAAGACCGAGAACGUCGAUACGAGCCCCGCGAGCGCGCCAGAAUACAGGCUCUCGAGCGAGCGAUCGCUCGGGAACGUGCGAUGAAAGAGGCGGAGGACCGGGACCGGAUAGAGAUGCGCGCCCGACUAGACGUCUGGGACGACGAUGAGAGCGACGAGUUGUUUUAUACCGAUCGCACACGCUGGCGCAGCCUGCGCGCACGCCGACUCGCAGCCGAGCAAGCCGCGGAUGAGGAGUCACGGCUGUACGAGGAACGAGAGACGGAGAACCUUCGACGCGAAUCGGAGGCAUUCCUCGCGCGGCAGAUGGACGAGAUGCAGGCGCUACAGGAGGAGCAGCGCAAAGCCGGCAUGCUGCUCGAAGAUGGCGCUCCUGUCAAGCUCAGCGUGUCGCUGGCUGCGGCGGGGCAAAAGGAGGGCGUGCCAAAGGAGAAGGCAGCGGUUUUCGGACAGGAAGAGGAAGAAGAGGAGGCGAUCAGGAAGCGGAAGGUGCCGCUGCCGAAGCUAGACCUCGCGGAGGGCGGCGAGAUGGCGAAAGAGCGGCUCGAGAAGAUGCGCGGAGAUGUGCCACGCGACAAGGAGACAUUGUUCAAGAGCAAGGUCCGGUGGGACGGCGUUUCAGACAACAUGAUCGAUCGCAAGCUUGAGCCUCUCAUCAAGCGCCAGAUGACCAAGUACCUCGGCGAGCUCGAAGACGACGAUCUCGUCAUGUUCGUUCUGGAGCACCUGAAGGACCACAAGGGCCCGCACAAGCUCAUCGAAGGCCUGGAGCCGGUUCUCGAGGAGGAAGCCGCCGAGUUCGUCAUCAGUAUAUGGCGUCAGAUCAUCUUUGAGAGCAUGGCGUACGGAGAAGGCCUGCACACAGAGAAGAUGAUGGUCGAUUGAAGACGAAAUCAAAUCUCCAUGCACCGCUAUACGCUAUCGAUAUCUUCUUGGACUCAGUCGUACGUGGAGAGAGAAGCGAGUGAUGCCUCUCAUGCUCGGGGCAGGUACGUUUGCGUAGUAUCGACAUGCUUUCCACUAAGAUGUAUACAAGUUCCAUGGCCAAUUGUCUACUGUACUGUUUUCGAGCUCUCGCACCUACUCAUACCAAAUCUCGCACGGUGCGGCGGAAUGGCGUCGAUCCGAAGAUAAUCGAAACGCUUUCGGAGGGAGUAGACGCUUUGUGUCGUGAGUUGCAUGUUCAUCGAGCGUUUUAUCACCAAAGAUGAUGUUACCGCCGCCUGUGCGGCAAUGAAGCACGUUGCAGGGAUUCCGUACCAGUUUCCAUUCCACCGCGAAGCCCUCCAUGUGGCACGAUGGAUGCUUCAUAGCGUAACUGACGCUGAGUACCAAUAUCCUCUUGUUCCUGAACGAUUGACGCGUGGUGGUGGCCUGUACGUAGGGCAAAGAGGGCGACUCCCGAGAACACUGUAUGGUGCCUUGAUCUGACAUAUGGGCAUGACGGGUGAGUGUUCAGCCCUUUGUAACUCGGGCUCCUGAGUGGUGCGUGCGUUCGUAAUACUUGUUGGCUCCUGCUGCACCUGUCACGUAAGGAUUUGGUAGCGCCUAUAACUGGUAUUUGUAGUUCCUGUCAUCGCGACUAUGCCUAUGACAUCCCGUCCAAGCUUCAAAAUGGUGCGUGGUCUAUGCGUACCCUUCCUGCCCCCACAGGCUCUAUCGACUACAGGCAUGAUCCGU